AUGGGUGAGUGUCGCUGCAGGCUGGGUCGGGCGGGCGCGGGGCGAGCUCCAUCCGCCUCCAUCCUGCCUCGCAGCCCGGCCCGGAGCGUGGCCGGCCGGAGCGUGGGCCACGAGCACCCGUGGGGAGUGCCGGCCGCGGCCCGGAGGCCCGCCGGGGAAUCCCUGCGGGCCCCUUCCCGGGCUCGGGGCUCCGAGCGGCCCAACAUGGCUGCCGCGGGCCGCACGCGGAUGAUGACACCUGGGUGUGCUGCAGACUCCCGACUGCGUCGUGGGGAAGCCAACCUUGGAGAGCUGAGCGUGCGGCCCGCGCGGGGCGGCCUGGCGCGGGGCUCGGGAGCGGGCAUCUCCCGGGACAACUGGCACAAGCGCCGCAAGACCGGGGGCAAGAGAAAGCCCUACCACAAGAAGCGGAAGUAUGAGCUGGGACGGCCUGCUGCCAACACCAAGAUUGGCCCUCGUCGCAUACACACGGUCCGAGUUCGAGGAGGCAAUAAGAAGUACCGUGCCCUGCGACUGGACGUGGGCAACUUCUCCUGGGGCUCUGAGUGCUGUACUCGCAAAACACGGAUCAUUGAUGUUGUCUACAACGCGUCCAAUAACGAGCUCGUGCGCACCAAGACCCUGGUGAAGAACUGCAUCGUGCUCAUUGACAGCACCCCGUACCGACAGUGGUACGAGUCCCACUACGCACUGCCCCUGGGCCGCAAGAAGGGGGCCAAGCUGACUCCUGAGGAGGAAGAGAUUUUAAACAAAAAACGAUCAAAGAAAAUUCAGAAGAAAUACGAUGAGAGGAAAAAGAACGCCAAAAUCAGCAGCCUUUUGGAGGAACAGUUCCAGCAGGGCAAGCUUCUUGCCUGCAUUGCCUCAAGACCAGGCCAGUGCGGCAGAGCGGACGGGUAUGUGCUAGAGGGCAAGGAGCUGGAGUUCUACCUGAGGAAGAUCAAAGCCCGGAAAGGCAAAUGAACCAUUCCUAGCUCAUGUAAUAAA